UGCUGACGGUGCUGACGCAGGCUGCUGGAGCGGCAGGCAGCAGCAGUAGAUGUUGUCCCAUCAUCAGAUCACACCCAACGGGGCUGCAGCGCGGCGAUCCUCCGGCACCAAGACCAUGACAUCCAGAUUCAGAACCGCAGUCUGAGCCACACUGGGGACCAGACCAGUGGAGACCUGGAGACAUACGCGAGAGCACACGCACGCACGCACGGGGAGGCGAUUAUUGCAGCGACCAGCAGCCAGAUAGACGGGAACACCGACCCAGGCAAACUCCACUGCGCCGCGGAAUUUUCGCCCCAGAAACGCGUCCCACUCGGACACCCGCAAGAACAAACACUCCCUGCCAGUCAUUUCAGGCCAGAAAAUGUCAACGUCGGGCAAGGACGCCAACAGCGGGCAUUACGCCAACUAUGUGGGACCGUACCGCCUGGAGAAGACGCUGGGCAAAGGACAGACAGGUCUGGUGAAGCUGGGCAUCCACUGUGUCACAUGUCAGAAAGUUGCCAUAAAGAUUGUCAACAGAGAAAAGCUCAGCGAGUCUGUUCUCAUGAAGGUGGAGCGGGAGAUAGCUAUCCUGAAACUCAUCGAGCACCCCCACGUCUUAAAGCUGCAUGACGUUUACGAAAACAAGAAAUACCUGUAUCUGGUGCUAGAACACGUGUCUGGUGGGGAGCUGUUCGACUACCUGGUGAAGAAGGGCCGUCUAACACCGAAAGAGGCCAGGAAGUUCUUCAGACAGAUCAUCUCAGCCCUGGACUUCUGCCACAGCCACUCCAUAUGCCACAGAGAUCUGAAGCCUGAGAACUUGUUGUUAGAUGAGAAGAACAACAUCAGGAUAGCGGACUUUGGCAUGGCGUCGCUGCAGGUCGGGGACAGUCUGCUGGAGACCAGCUGCGGAUCUCCGCACUAUGCCUGCCCAGAGGUUAUCAGGGGGGAGAAGUACGACGGCAGGAAGGCAGAUGCGUGGAGCUGUGGAGUCAUCCUGUUUGCACUGUUAGUGGGCGCUCUGCCCUUUGAUGACGACAACCUGAGGAAUCUUCUGGAGAAGGUGAAGCUGGGGGUUUUCCACAUGCCCCACUUCAUCCCCCCAGACUGUCAGAACCUUCUGCGUGGCAUGAUUGAAGUGGACGCCAGCAAGAGGCUCACGUUAGAGCAGAUCCAGAAGCACGCAUGGUACCUAGCUGGAAAGAAUGAGCCUGAGCCUGAGCAGCCCGUCCCCAGGAAGGUGGCCAUCAGGACUCUGGCUUCAGCCGAGGAGAUCGACCCUGACGUCCUGGAGAGCAUGCACUCUCUGGGCUGCUUCAGGGACAAGGACAAACUGACCAAAGACCUGCUGUCUGAGGAUGACAACCAGGAAAAGAUGAUCUACUUCCUCCUUCUGGACCGUAAGGAGAGAUAUCCGAGCCAUGAGGACCAGAACCUCCCGCCACAGAAUGAGAUUGACCCUCCCAGGAAGCGCGUGGACUCACCCAUGCUGAGCCGUCACGGGAAGCGGAGACCAGAGAGGAAGUCCAUGGAGGUGCUGAGUGUCACGGAAGGAGGGUCUCCUGUGCCUGUACGACGAGCCAUCGACAUGGCAACCCACGGUCAGAGAUCGCGGUCGAUCAGCGGGGCGUCCUCCGGUCUGUCCACCAGUCCUCUCAGCAGUCCCAGGGUAAGUCCCCACCCGCUCCCCUGAGGUCCGACUGUCCCCUCCCCCAAAGGCACCCCGGUGCACACACCCAAGGACAGCCCUGCUGGCACCCCCAGCCCGACGCCACCGCCCAGCCCGUCCAUUGGCGGCAUGCCGUGGAGGACGCGCCUCAACUCCAUCAAGAACAGCUUCCUGGGCUCACCGCGGUUCCACCGUAGGAAAAUGCAAGUUCCCACCCAGGAGGACAUGUCCAGUCUCACCCCAGACUCUUCUCCAGAACUGGCUAAGAAGUCGUGGUUCGGUAACUUCAUCAACCUGGAGAAGGAGGAGCAGAUCUUCAUCGUGAUCAGAGACAAACCCCUCAGCUCCAUCAAGGCUGACAUCGUCCACGCCUUCCUCUCUAUCCCCAGCCUGAGCCACAGUGUCAUCUCUCAGACCAGCUUCCGGGCGGAAUACAAGUCCACAGCCGGUCCGACAGUGUUCCAGAAGCCAGUGAAGUUCCAGGUGGACAUCACAUACACCGAGAGCACGAGCGCCACCAAGGAGAACGGCAUCUACUCUGUCACCUUCACCCUGCUCUCAGGUCCCAGCCGACGUUUCAAGCGUGUGGUGGAGACCAUCCAGGCUCAGCUGCUCAGCUCCAACGACCAGCCCGGCAUCCAGCCCCAGAUCUCUGAUGGCUCUCAGCGCUCACCUUUGCCCAGUAAAUCCUCCAAGUGUGGUAAGACCCAGAGCCACCGGGAGCUCCCGGCAAAAACACCUCAACUCUGGCUUUUAACACUCACUGGCAACGUCCUGGAGACCAUCAUAACACAGCUUGUUUGCACUAACGUAUGUGUGUGUGUGUGUGUGUGUGUGUGUGUGUGUGUGUGUGUGUGUGUGUGAGAGAGAGAGAGAGAGAGAGCUGAAGAAAAUCUGUUCAUCUUAACAAGUCAUUAAAAUGUUAAAAAUCUUCUGCUCUGUUUGGAAAUAUC